UAGUGUAGAGCGAGCCGAGCCGGCGAGCGUGCGCGACCGUGCGCGGCGACAGACCGGUCGAGGAGCCGAUCUAUCCGCGCCGCGACACAAGUUGUGAACCGGACCUAGUGCUGAAUACAGAUCAGUGCAGAGAACAUAUUCUCUGGAGAGCGCAGAGCCCUGGACGUCUCGCUUGUUUUAGCGCGUGGCGAGAGAAAGAGCGAUUUGUGAUGGCGGCGGGAAGGAGCGACAUGCGGCCGGAGAGGCUGGCCGGAGAGGACGAGAACCUGACCAUUUGGAGCGACACAGAGACGGCGCUCUUCCUCAAGAUCUGGCGCCGUCCUGACGUACAGACCGCGCUGCGUCAGUACACCCGCAAGCGACCCAUCUGGAAGAAAGUGUCUUCGGAGUUGGCUGCCGAGGGAUAUCGCCGCAGUGCCGAGCAGUGCAAGUCGAAAAUGCACAACCUGAUGACCAGCUACCGCCGAGUCAAGAAGGGCGUCGACCCCGAGUCACGCUGCAAGUUCUUCGCCGUUAUUGAUCAGGUGAUGAUGUCUCCAGAGUUCGAGCUGCAGGCCGGAGCCUCUGGCGGCCCGGACGGAAUGGACCUGGACGGAGGAUCGUCUGAGGAGAGCGGCCCCAGCACGUCGGCCCUCUCUGACAGCGCGGCCAUGUACCCGCACUCGCACUCUGUCUCGCCCGGCGGCAGAGACGACGCCAGCGCGGCGGCCGGUGAUCUGGACAGGUGCCGUGCGGGCCCGUGGCGUCCCGUGCCACUGAGGCCGGCCGAGCAGCCCCUGUACCCCGGCCCGGGCCCGGGCCCCGGCCACGGCGCCGGCCGCGCCCCGGCCCCGGCCCCGGCCCCGGCGGUCCCGGCGGUCCCGGCGGUCCCGCUCCCGGCCCUGCGGGAGGACGACGGUGACCAGCCGCCCCGCAAACGCUACUGCAACUGGGAGGAGCGCUACGAAGCCGAGGUGGCCGCACGUGCUGGUCGCAUGGACGACGAAGGACCGGGCGCCGAGCUGAAGCGUCCAGAGAUGCCAAUGAUGGCCCCCAUGGGCGGCCCGGAGCGCCCGAUGCGCCCCGAAUCUCCGGACGCUCACGAGGACUGUUCCGGAGCUCGUGACCUGCGCGUGCCCAGCCGCUCGCCGCCGGAGCGCCGCGGCCCGGUGGCUGACGAGCCGCCGAGGGGCUACUCGACUAUGGAGGCGCGUGAUCUGAUCACAGCACGUGCCCGUCAGCUGCUGAGCGUGCUGCCCGGUCACCCGGCACUUCAGCAGGAGAGAGAUGACGGCCCGACGGCCAACGGACAGCACAGAGCAG